AUGCCUGGAGUCUUUCACAUAUGGUGUUUUAGCGUUUAUCCCUUUUUGGGCUAUUUGAUUGUGCUGAGACAAUUUCUUGCGCUGAAGUGUCUUUCCUCGUUGUUGUGUUUUAGGUUACGUGUUAUGUUUAUUGGUCGUUGGGUCUACAAUAAGGGGCAAACUGUUGAUUCUCUUAGUCGUUCAAGGCUGUGGCAGAAGCGAGGCAGCAAGGAAGCUGAUUCAGUGGCAACUACGUUGUACGGCUGCAUACUUUUUCUCAAGGACGAUGUUGUGAACUGCCUUGGUGCUGGAGGUGGUGAACUUUCUUCUUUGUCUGUUGAAGGGGAUCUUCUGAACUCCGUUAUGCAGUGGGCAUGCGGAGGGUGGAGUCAGUGUGGAGAGGGCUCAGAAGGCCUUGCACGGAAAGUCUCUUUGUUCUUUCCUUGUACGUCUUCCGGCCCAAGGUCUGUGGUGGAACGGUGCGUCGGAGACCCAUGUAGCUUUGGUGUCAUUGCAGGGUUUGUUUGUCGCUACUCCCACAGUGAGGAUGAUGCUCAUGCCGUUGAUGGUGGCGGGUCUGGUAGUGGUAGUGUUAACCUGCACCGAGAGAGUAGUGGGAAUGGCUUAUCAUGGGAGUGGGGGGAGCUGAUCAACUGCACCACCAUUUCGCAGCUACGGCUUUAUUUGGAUUCACCACUACCAGUAAAGGGUAUGAGGGAAGCGUAG